AUGUCUUCAUCGGCAUAUCCAUCGCUUGUGUUUACUCAACAAAUAUUCACACGUUAUGGUUGUCCAUUGAUGGUUGUCAUUGGAUGUUUGGGGAAUCUUCUAAAUAUUUUUCUCUUACGAAGAAAAACACUUCGUACAGUUUCAUGCAAUAAUUAUUUUUUGGCUGCAUCAUUCAUCAAUCUGAUAAUACUCAACGUAGGUAUUAUACCAUCAAUUUAUGUAGCUGAUCGACCAUGGGCAAUUACGGAAGCGUAUUGUAAGAUUCGAAGUUACUUAUUCAAUGCAUCUCAACAAAUGUCACGCUUUAUGGUUGUCACAGCUUGUUUCGAUCGAUUUGCACUUUGUUCAACAAGUGCUCGUCUUCGUCAAUUCUCUCGUGUAGAAAUUGCUCGUCGAUAUAUGAUUCCUGCUAUUAUCAUUAUCUGGCUUAUUGCACCUAUUUAUAUGUUAAUUUUUGAUACUGUAGUCAAUAAUAGUUGUACGUAUAUAGGUGCUGUCGCACUUUUUAAUAGUAUUUAUGGUAUUACAUUAGUUGGUUUUACUCCACCUUGUUUAAUGUUUAUUUUCUCUCUAUUAACAUUUCGUAAUCUAAAAACAAAACAACAACGACAACAAGUCUUUUUAUCAACUCUAGUUAACACUCAAGUUACAACAGUUGAAAGUCGAAAACAAAGAAGAAAAAAUCAACAAGUUUUGGGUAUGUUAAUGAUAGAAGUUGUUGUUUAUAUUUGUACAACUACUAUUGCCAGUAGCAAUCUACUCUAUUCAACCCUCACUACAUAUAUUGGCAUAAGUAAAUCCGAUGAACGAAUAUCGAUUGAAUCGUUUAUUUCAUUUAGUACGAAUUUAUUGAAUUAUACUUGUCCAUGUUUAUCAUUUUAUUUAUUUUGCUUUGUUUCACAUCUCUAUCGAAAACAAAUGGUAUUAUCUCUAGUAAACAUUCGCAGACAAUUUUCUGCUCUAUACACAAGAAAUAAUAACAAUACCAAUAGUGAUGAACAUAUUUCCAUACGUCAAAUGACUGCAAAAGUUAAACCUAUUAAACAACCGACGAUGGCACCAGUUCCUAUUAUUCAGUAG